GUGACUAGCCCGCACAGUCGAUGCACAUUCAGGCCAGACCCAGUUUCCCUCGUAACCUGAAAAAUUUACCGAGCCCCGCUUUGAGCACAGACUCUACUUAUCGAUCCGUCUCACACGUGGAGUUGUUGAGAAGCAUUUAUAACGAGACAGUAACGGGAAGAUGGUUUCGGGAGAUGAUAUCAACGGGUCGGCGUAUAUUUUCGGAACUCUGGCCGUCGCCUCCGCAGCUAAAUAUGCAUUUGGUGCUUACACAAGAUGGCAGAAACUACAGCGAUUUGAAUUGGUGGGACGUGUUUCGGCAUUGAAUGUGUUCCCGGUCAAGUCGUGCGGAGGAAUCUCGGUACAGAGGGCGCUGAGCAGCCGUCUCGGGUUGAGAGUUCAAGGGGUCACUGACAGGCAUUGGAUGGUAACCAGACCGAAUGGCGACUUCCUCUCUCAAAGGCAGGCCCCGAAGAUGUCGUUGCUGAAAGUCAGUUUCCAUGGAGACCAGGUGUUUGUUGACGGACCAGGGAUGCCAACACUGAAACUACCCAUCAACCCCACGGUUGUCCCGUCCCUGGUGAAGAAAUGUCGUGUGUGGGAGUGGAGGACGGAGGGGCUGGACUGUGGACAGGAGGCUGCAGACUGGAUGUGCUCUUUCAUGGGACAGGAAGGACUCCGGGUACUGUUCUCGGCUCCAGGACUGCGAAAGAGGGAGUCCAGCGAGGAGAUAAAACCAUGGGGAAACCCUGCCCUUCUCGGUGACCAGUCAGCCUACAGCGACUUUGGAGCAUAUAUGCUUCUGUCGGAGGAAUCUCUGAACUUCCUCAACAGCAACCUCAACAAGAAAGUCACUAUGCGGAAUUUCAGGCCCAACAUCGUCGUCAGCACCAACGCAGCAGCGUUCGAUGAGGACAACUGGCAUGAAAUCAAGAUUGGAGACAAAGCCUACAUGAGGAUGCUGGAUCCCUGCACGAGGUGUACAAUGACUACAGUUAAUGGAGAUUUGGGAGAGAAAUCUAAAGACGGCGAACCAUUGGAAACUCUAAAACGUUUACGAUGUUUCCCGGCGUAUGGAGCGGCUCCCAUUUUCGGAGUGAACUGUGCGGUUGACGUGGAAGGAACAAUCAACGUAGGCGACCCAGUAUAUGCUUUAAGAAAGUGAAACAUUUAUGAGGAGACACAUCUUGAUAAUACGGGAUUGGGUCUUUCUUUCCGAAAAACACUAUGUUCUCUUUAAGCUAUAUCCGGCAUAUAAGAAAAACACUAUGUUGUCUCAAAGCAAUAUCCGGCAUAUAUAUAUAUAUAUAAGAAAAACGCCAUGUUCUCUUAUAGCUAUAUCCGACAUAUAAGAAAAACGCCAUGUUCUCUUAUAGCUAUAUCCGACAUAUAAGAAAAACGCCAUGUUCUCUUAUAGCUAUAUCCGACAUAUAAGAAAAACGCCAUGUUCUCUUACAGCUAUAUCCGACAUAUAAGAAAAACGCCAUGUUCUCUUAUAGCUAUAUCCGACAUAUAAGAAAAACGCCAUGUUCUCUUAUAGCUAUAUCCGACAUAUAAGAAAAACGACAUGUUCUUUUUAGCUAUAUCCGGCAUAUUUCCGGAUAAGGAACACAUUGACAGAUCCCUUAUGGAUAACUGAUGUUUUCACAUGUACCUGCAUGGCUUACUUUGGCCAUACGUUAUCGUGAACCUAACAUUAAAGUGGAUCAUUGUGCCAAAGUUGGCCCAAUGCUGGAUUCAACUUAGCAGUAAAUGAACUGAUGUACAAAAGAAACUACAAAUCUGGUGUUUGGGGAUUAUUUUUUCCUCCCAAAAAAUGUUGAUUGUGAAAAGUGUUUAUUGUUAAUUGUUGCCAUAAAUGGACUAUAAAUAAUUGCUCCGUACAUCGAAAACUCACGCGGUGUUGUCGGUGUUUACCGAACUGGUUUGAAUCAAAAGUUGUGCGUAAGAUAUUCGUAAAGAGCGCUCCAAGGGACAUAACUCUAUGGGGUUCGUUUGAAAUAAUGUUCGGCCGAUAGAGGGCGCGGGAGUUGAUUUUAUGCUGCGUUGCAUUAACCUUUUAAUUUAAUAUUGUCAUCUAAAUACGUAAUUUUGGGGGUAAAAAUUAUAUGGUAGUUUCCCUGAGGGCUGAUAGUUAGUAUUAUUGAGAGAAAUGCAUUUUUUACUUUUUAGAGAAGUGUGGUGUGAUAUAGUGCCUUUAAUUGUUACUUGUGACAGCACCAUGUAUUCUUAUACUUAUAAAAAUGAAAGCCCUACUAAAUACAACAGCUCGCAGCCACCUGACUCUAAAUCAUUACCCGGAUUACUGUCACGUGAUCAAAACUCAAGACUUGAUAUUUCCUGAAGUUUCUAUGUUUUUGUCAUUACUUUAAGUAAUAGCCCUUGUCGAAGGAAUGACACAUUUUCUCUUACACGUAUCAGAACACAUGCAUUGGUCUUACAUGAUUAUUGAUGUACGAUAUUUCGUGAUUCUAAUUGUGGACAAUGUAUUUCAGGUGCAAACACAUAUUGUGUGAAUUUCAUGACUAGCGCAUGUACUAUCCUGUUGUGUAGCCACCAGCCUCGCUCAUCCAUACCUCCCAGAACUGAUUCAGCUUUAAGAUGGUGCUUUAACCACCCCUAGUUGUUGUUAACAUGCCUUGCGAGAAUGCGGAAUAUGUACUGUUUUAAUGGCAAAUGUGAUACGGUGCUUAUACUUGAAAUGCAUAUAUUUUCAUGUAUGAUGUUUUCUUGAUUUAUACUGAUAUCGCAAUAUUGCCUAUUCAUGCUCUUAGCAGAACGUUAUUAAAGCCGUCAUUGUGCUUAUAA